AUGGAUAUCAAAAAUAUUGGUGGUAGUAGUAGUGGUGAACAACAAGAAAAUAUUAGUAACAAUAGCAAUAAUAAUAAUAGUAAUAAUAAUAGUUCAGAGUAUAGAGAAGUCACUAGUCAGGAUGGUAGUGUUAGAUUGACUUCAAGAGUAGAUGAUGUUAUGAUGGAUUUGUUGGGUGACGAUAUGCCAAAGAGAAAAUCACCGAUGUCCAGUCAAGAGGAGUUCAGUGGUGGCAGUCAAGGCGAGCACAAAUCGUUCCUCUCGAGAAAGAAGCAGAAACCCGCUGCUACACCACCAUUGCCAAGUAAACCCGCUGCAAAGAAAAAGAGUUCAAAGAUAUCACUCGAUCAGUUGCUACAAGAGAAGAGUCAGGUGCGUAAAGAGGUAGACCCGAAAUUCGCAUUCGAAGAGCUGAUGUCACAACAGACUGCAAAGAAACAGAGUAUAGAAAAAGAUGUAGAUUUACAUUCAAUUGAAAUUGAAAAGCUGAAAAAGCAACCAAAUUUGAAGGAUGAAUACACUCAAUUACUUAAAAAAGAAUCAUAUGCAACUCUUAAAAUAUAUAUUCAAAAUGGGUUGGAUUGUAUCGUUGAGAAUUUCGGUGUAGAAAAAUUACCAAAGUAUUUAAUUGAUAUUCUAUUGUCAUAUGUUUAUUUCGAAAAGGAUGAGCUGACAGUUUACAAAUCAUAUAUGAUAUUGAUACAGAUCAUUUCAAAGUUAAAGGAAACCAAGAUUAAUAAUUACAAUGGCAAUAACAACAAUAACAGUAUACCAGUAACUACUACUACAACUACUACUACGACUGCAGAUUCUACAGCAACAACACCGACAACUACAAAUGAUAGUGAAGCUAAUGUUAUUACUAAUGGUAAUGGUAAUGCUAAUGGUGAAGUUCACACAGCAACAACAUCAACAGCAACAGCUGACAAUAGCAAUAGCAAUGGCAAUGGCAAUGGCAAUAAUAUUAGCAAUAGUAAUAAUAGUAAUAACAGUUUAUUGUUGACAUUCAAUGACUUUAUCAAUUUAUUUGAACUCUACAAAAUACAAACGAAUCAAACAUACAAAGCACCUAGUAUUAUUCUUUCAAACGAAACACCAAGUCCAAUGUCACUUCAAUCAAGUUCACCAUUCCCAUUCAUAAAUUUAUACUAUGUAUUGAAUCUACUAAAAGUAUUGGCAAAUGAAAAUGUAUUUACAUUUGAAGAAACAAAACAUUGGAUAUUAUUUGUUAUUCUAUUGAUGAUGGAUCCAAACUAUAUUAGAACUAAAGAUGGCAAUGACGAUCAAUCGAACAACAAGUUGAAAUCGACGAUAUUCAAGACUGUUUUGUUGUUGGGACCAUUGUUGCAGACACUACUCCAAUCAUUCUUUUCACACUUGGCCAACGAGUCUCAAGAAACAGUUCACAAACAGGUAUAUACACUUUUCAAUGACAUUUGGUCAUCUAUCGACGAAAGUGUACGUUUGACACUUUGUACAAAGGUUUCCUAUUUACUGCCACCUACACCAUUGAACGGUAUCGACUUACAACGUACAUUCGCUCUAUUUUCUAUAUCGAAUAUAUUAAAAAUGAAUAAUAUCGAAACCAUUAUUAUACAACCAAGUAUUGUUGAGGAAUUGGUUAAAAUUUUGAAACCAUUCAUUGCACAGAUCAAAGAUGAAACAAUCGAUAUUCUCAUGAUGUUAAAUAUGGUUGCAUUGACCGACAUCUGUUGUAACGAUAGAAAGGAAUUGAAUCAACAAAAGAAAAACGACAAGAAAUUCCCAUUUGAGAAGUUAAUUAGAACAUGGGCAUCGAAAAUCAAGGAACCAAAAGAUUUCGAUUUCAAUAAAACUAGAAUUAAAGAUGGUUUAAUUUUAAUUCAAAGUAAAUUGGCAUCGUUAAUUUUGGAUCAAUCCUCAUCUUCUAUUAUGGACUUUUUCAAACCAGUUGUCAAAGCCGAAAAUGACGUUCAACAACCAAUAGAUUCAAUUGUAGAUGGAAAUGAACAACAACAACAACAACAAAAUAAUCAAAACAAUUAG